UAAAUAAAACAUAACCUAUAAAUAUUUUUAAAAAACGAUUUUAUUCGUUGUGUAAUAAAUGAUUCUAUUUCAAUUUUAAAUAUGAAUACUAUAAAAAUAAUAUUCAAUCGACCAUGUAUUCGUUUGGGGUUAAGCCGAGCAUAUGCGACUAAGAAAAAGAAAAUACCUGAACCCGACGAAGAGAAAAACUUACCAAUAUUCCAAUACCCGAUAAGUAAGAAGUCGGACAGACGAGUUUAUGUGUGGGGUCUGGCGGAGACCGGGGCCCUUGGGGUGCACCUGCCGCGGGGCACCAGCCGCAAGAAGUACAAGAACAACUUCUCCUACGCGUGGCACCCCAUGAGGUCCAGUUUUGCUGAGAGAUUUGAUGUGACAGAAAUUGCUUGUGGCUACGGUUUUACAGUAGCAUCUAUAAAAACUGAUGAGCAGCACAAAGUGUUUGGCACAGGAAUAAACACAGACUCGCAGAUUGGCUACCAUGCCCCUCGCAUGGGCCAUCCCUUAGAAAUACUAUUGAGCCCGGCUCCUAUUUAUAUACCUUAUAAAUCUUUGGAAACUCAGGUAAUUGGGCUAGAUGCUGGCAGGGCCCACACAUUAGUCCUGACGGACAAUGAAGGAGUGUACACACUUGGCAACAAUGCCUAUGGACAGUGUGGCCGCAAAAUAAACCCAAAUGAAGAACACAGGGGCAGUAUGGUCUCACAUAAUAUAAAAUCACUUGGCAAAGAAAAAAUUACCAGUGUAUGCUGUGGGCAAGAUCAUAGUUUGUUCGUAACAGAAUCAGGGAAGGUGUUCGCCUGCGGCUGGGGCGCCGACGGGCAGACCGGGCUCGGGCACUACGACAACCAGGCUACACCUGCGCAGGUGAAGGGAGACAUCACCAGCGAGAGGGUGGUGAAGGUGGCUUCUACUGGCGACUGUGUGCUGGCUUUGAAUGAGCAUGGUGAGCUAUUCGGCUGGGGCAACUCGGAGUACGGACAGGUGCCGAUGGCGAAGACCCAGCAGCAGGUCAACAUGUCGUAUGCACUGGUCAACUUCACCAAGGGACUUGGCAGGAUUGUGGACAUUGCAUCCGGAGGAUCGUUUUGUAUGAUUGCCAAUGAACACGGAGACGUGUUUGUGUGGGGCUACGGUCUGCUGGGCCUCGGACCGAACGUGCAGCACGCAGACAAACCGAAGCAGAUCCCGCCGGCUCUGUUUGGCCGCAACGAAUUCAACCCCGAGUGUAUGGUGCAGAAGGUUGCUUGUGGCAUCGGACAUUUGGCAGCUAUAACUAACAAUGGUGAUCUCUACAUGUGGGGCAGAAAUAGACAUGGGUGUUUAGGGCUAGGCAACUCCAAAGAUCAAAAUUUCCCAUUGAGAGUAGCUGUGGGAGCUCACGUCUUGAAAGUGGUGUGCAGUGUUGAUCACACGCUAGCUAUGUGUCGGCCAUUUGUGUAGGCAAGAAAUUACGUAAUUUUAAGUAUUAGUGUUAUUGUUUUAUUUGUUAGGAAUUAAAAAAUAUAUAAUUAU